AUGCGCAGACUGACGCGUCGGCAGUCCGAGCAAAGCCCCCUACUGCCCGACGGCUUCAGGCGCUCGCCGAAAGGCAAGCAACGAGCUCGACUCACUGCCAACGACCAUGUUCAACAGGAGCACCAGCCUGGUGCCAUAGUGCGGAUUACUAUGCGGAACUUUGUCACCUACACAAACGCCACGUUUCACCCUGGGCCAAAUUUGAACAUGAUCAUUGGACCCAAUGGCACAGGCAAGAGUACUUUGGUGUGCGGUAUAUGCUUGGGCUUGGGUUGGAAGCCGGAGCAUCUCGGUCGCGCCAAAGACGUCAGUGAGUUCGUCAAGCAUGGCUGCAAAGAAGCAAUCAUCGAGAUCGAGCUCAAGGCAGAUCCCCAACGCCAGCAGACAAACCCCAUCAUCGGAUGCAGGAUCAGUCGUGAUGGAGGCGGCAAAAACAACCAGGAUAAGAAGACAGCUUUCAAGAUCAACGGCAAGACCGUCUCGAACAAGGCGGUCCAGGAAUUCUGCCGAAGCUUCUCCAUUCAAGUCGACAAUUUGUGCCAAUUCUUGCCGCAGGACAGAGUUGCCGAUUUUGCUGCCUUGUCGCCGGUAGAUCUGCUUGUGCAAACCCAGAGAGCUGCCGGUGGUGAACAGAUGUCGCAGUAUCAUGAGGACCUCAAGAAGUGGCGUCGAGAGGAGAAGGCAUUACUGAACGACCAGCAAAAUCUCUUUGAAGAGCUGAAGAGGCUGGAGGAUCGGCAGCGUGCUCAAGAGAUGGACGUGGAACGCAUGCGAGAACGUGAAUUGGUCCAGGAGAAGCUCGAACUGCUGAAGAGAUUUAGACCUUGUACAGAGUUCAACGAGCUGAAGAGAAAGCACGAGGAGGCGAGAGCACGCGAGAGGGAGGCAAAGGAGGAGAAGAGACGUGUAGAGGAUCAAAUUGAGCCCAACAUGCGAGCCGUUGCGGCAAAGGAAACCUAUGUCGCGGCUGUCAAACGAGCUGUCGAAUCGAAGAAGCGCAUGGUGCAGCGCAGUGUGGAAACAGUGGCACAUGUAGCGAGUCGAUUCAAGGAGCUUGAGGAGGCGGUCGCAGGAUGUGAUGCGGAAACCAAGGCAGAGACUGUCAAUGCUGCAAAGGCGAAACAGGACGUGGCCAAGCUGCAACAGGCAAUCAGGACUAUCGAGAACGCAAUGGCCAGCCCGCCGGCAGAGUUCAACGCAGUAGAGAUGAACGAGAAGACGACUCAGCUGGGGCGGGAAAUCCGCACCCUUGAGGACGAGCUCAACAGGGGCCAUGAGACGGUGGGCGAGCUCCGAGAGCAGGCGCGUCAGCGGCAACAAAUCAUUGCACAGGAGGAAGAAAAACAGACGCAUUUGCAGUCACAGGCGGGAAGGCUUGAGAGCAAGUUGUCAGGUGUGUCGAGGGCCUCGGCCGACGUAUGGAGAUGGGUUCAAGCGAAUAAAGACAAGUUUGAGCACGAAGUAUUUGGCCCACCCAUGAUCGUCUGUGCCGUAAAGGGGGGCCGAGACGCAGAUUGGAUAGAAGCUAUGGUAGGCGCGGGAGAGUUGAAGGCUUUCACUGUUUGCAGCCGCAAUGACUUCAAUGUGUUGACACACCAGGCAUACCAGGUCAUGGGCCUGACGGAUGUCAACAUUCGCAACUCGACCCUAGGCUUGGACCAGUACCCGACCCCCGAUACCAGCCCAGAGGAGAUGAAGCGACUCGGCUUGGAUGGAUGGCUCAUGGAACUAAUCACCGGUCCAGAGCCGGUCCUAGCCAUGUUGUGCGACAACACGAACCUUCACCGAAAUGCUUUUUGCAAACGAGAUAUCACUGAGGAUCAAUAUGACAUGCUCAAAAAGACAUCCAUUAGCUCAUGGUGCACUCCAACCAACACCUACCGAAUGAUUCGACGAGGGGAGUAUGGAGACGCCGGCACCGCUGCAAGGGUUUCGCCCCUUCACCGAGCGAGACUCCUUACUGAUGCGCCUGUGAGUACCCAAGCCGAGGAAGAUAGCAAGGCGAGAAUCGCCACUCUCGAAGGCGAGAUCAGUCACAUCAAGGAGGAAAUGCAUGGCGUGCGUGCGCGAGCUGCCCAGCUCAAGGAGAAGAUCACAAAAUUGAAAGAUGAGGUAGAGAGUAUCAAGAAAGAGAAGGCGCAUCUCCAGCAGCAGAAGUCACAAUAUGACGGCCUUCCGACUAAAUUGGCAAGCAAUAAAGCACGCCUGGCGGACCUCCAAGCUCAACUGGCAGAGCAAGAUGCUAGGAAAUGGGAAAUUGCACAGAGGCAGAUGCGACUGAUUUUCGAACAGGGGCAGCAAGCCUUGGACCACGGUACUGCCGUUCGCAAUCUGCGAGACUUCCAGGAAGAGCUUCUGAGGGCUGAAAUCAACGGCAUCGAAGCUGCAUCGGACUUGGCACAAGUCACGGCUCGUAAUCAGGCCGACAAGGAUCUCCUGACUACCAAGGAAAACGAUCUUCGUGUGGCUAUCCAAAAAGAAAGGGAAGCCCGCCGACUCGGAAAGGCCAAAUCGGAAGCCGUCCACCAGCUUGUCGCCGAAAUGCGUAAUGGUGACCUUACACCACUUGAGGAUGAGAUUCAUGAGUUGAUCAAAGACUGGGAGCCACCAGCGUUAGACACGGAGAUUGCAUCAGUGGAAGCGUCUUUGGAACUGUUGGCUGGCACUGGUAACGCAAACCUAGUCAGAGAGUUUGAGGCACGCGCAAAGAAGAUCGAGGAGAGACGUGCCCAACGUAAGACGCUUGGUGACGACCUCGAGGCUCUCACCACGAAGAUUGCGCAGAUACGAGAAUUGUGGGAACCCCAGCUUGAUGAACUGGUCCGCAAGAUAUCAGAUGCAUUCUCGGAAAACUUUACAUUCAUCUCGUGUGCCGGAGAGGUUGGCAUUGACAAGCAGGAGGACUUUGCGGAUUGGGCGAUCCAGAUCAAGGUCAAAUUCAGAGAGAAUGAACAGCUGCAGGUCCUCAAUUCUCAUCGCCAAUCCGGAGGCGAACGAGCUGUCUCUACGAUCUUCUAUCUCAUGGCCAUGCAAAGCAUGGCACGAGCGCCCUUUCGAGUCGUUGACGAGAUCAACCAAGGCAUGGAUCCACGCAAUGAGAGAAUGGUGCACUCUCGCAUGGUGGAUAUUGCAUGUGCAGAACACACAUCGCAAUACUUCCUCAUCACACCAAAGCUGCUCAACAAUCUGAAGUACCACCCGAACAUGAAGGUGCAUUGCAUCGCAAGUGGAGAGUAUAUGCCGGAUAAGUCAGAUCAGCUAGACACGUUUGAAAAUAUGGCACAGCUGGCACUGAAUCUGAAGCGCGGAGUCGCGGCUUAG